AUGCGGCAAGACAACUUGCUCCACACUUGGCAGGAGGGGAUGUUCGUCAUCUUCGUUAGCCACCAGUGGCUGGGUGAAGCACAUCCAGAUCCGCAAGGCCGCCAGUGUGCCGUCCUUCGCACGGCCCUCCAGAGCAUGAUGGAUGGAAGCCUCAAAAUUGAGUCGGAUCCCGUCACCGUCAUGAAUCGCACUACGACCUUCUCAUCAGAUGAACGCCAACAGAUUGCCGAUGGCUUCCUGUUUUUCGACUGGUUUGCGAUACCGCAGAUCACCGCGCGCCUGGAGGGUGUGAACGAAGACGAGACCCGGUCAGAUGCUGCCUUGGCCGUCCAGAGCAUCCCAGCAUACGUCGAAGUGUCGAACCUGUUCAUCGCUUUGGUACCAGAGCUGACUCAUACUGUGACGGGAGCUCGCUGCAAUUACAUUUCUUGGCUGAGCAGAGGAUGGUGCAGGGCUGAGCUUUUUUGUCACGUCCUAUCCCACAACCGAUACACAAGUCUUGUCGUGGUGUUUUCCACCACAGAAGCAGAAUACAUGUUUCCCCUCGACUGGCAGCUGAACGCGAUUGCAGACGGGGCCUUCACUGUGGAAUCUGACCGGGCAGCUGUAAUCAGAUUGGGUGAGCUGGCCGUGCGCGCCAAGAUUGAGCACUUGUCAUCAGCAGGUCCUUUGAGUUCUUAUCGCUUCUAUUUGGCCAAUCGCGCACAGUUGCUGGGACAGAAGAAGACUUGGGAUGUCGAUGCCUUCCUCGAAGAAUUCCGAUUUUCCAGCUUCGAGGCUGCUGCCAAGGACAGCAACAGUAUGAACGGCAUCAUGUGUGCUGUUUUCGCAAGUGAUGUGGAUCUUAUUCGCAGUUUGGUUAAGUCGGAGGCGGACGUCAAUUUCAGGCUACACGGUUUGGACCACUUCGGAUACUUUGACAGCCAGACGCUCCUUAUGGCAGCAGCCAAGUCGCAUCAACCCGCCGAGGUGCUUGCAGCUCUCAUCGAGCUUAAGGGCGAUGUGAACAUGCAGGCAGCAAACGGGGCGAGUACAGUCUUCAUGAUGCGAUCCCCAGAGCAAGUUCGCACAGUGGUUGCAGCCAGAGCAGAGUUGCACAAAGGUGGGCUUCCUCUCGAACUCACUCCACUGACUGGCGUGUCUUCUUGGGCAAACGUUGAAACCGUGGCGUCCAUGCUUGAAUCUCGCUGUGAUCCGAAUCCUGAACUGCGAGGGAUAGGCUACGGCCCACUUCAUGGCAUUGCUUUUUUCUCACGGAGCAACCGUUAUGCCAACGAAAUUGCUGCAUUGUUAAUAUCUCACAGAGCUGACGUAAACCGACGAGUACAGCCACGGAACAGGUACUGCUUUCUUUGCGCCGUGGCUCGGGCCGAAUGUGCAUUUAAUGGUUUUGGAGCAUCUUCGCUGAUGACGCGAGUCUUUGCCAGCAUGCCUGGCAUCACUCCGUUGGGUAUGGCAGCUCUGGUGGGCGCAGAGGGCAUGACAAAUUUACUUCUUGAGUCUGGAGCAGAACCCAUGGCAAACGAUCGCGGAGACACGCCAGAAGAUCUAGCGGCUGCCAAUCAGCACUUCCACGUGCUGCAAAGCCUGGCGACAUUUAGCGUGUAA